CAGCCUCCUCUCAGCCGACGUGAGCCCUCACGGUUAGGCCUGCACAGACGCACGCUGCUACCUAACAAUGGGGAGCCGCCGAAGGUGCUGAUUGGUCAAACUAGGAGCGCCAAAAUUCCUUGGGUGUUUUUUUUCAAGAGAAUACCGCCCUCUGGUGAUGUUAAGGAGGCAGACGUCCCCCACAAGCUUCAAGUCCACGUGGUCAUGUGACCAAGCGACCGUCUGUCGCUUUCUGUUCAUGUUCGUCGUCAAGGAAGAUACUGGAAGACCAAGGGAUGCAUUGUCGGCGAGAAGCCGGUCGUUCCCCAACUAUGUUCAGUAUAGCAGAAGGGGGUUGCGACUACGUUUAGUCCUGCGUCUCUUCAACGGGACAGUUAAUGUAGAUACUAUUCAAGCUGCGAGCCCCGAGCUCCCAUGGACACGCACGUGAGUUGGCUCGUGAAAAUCAGUCUCGUGCUCCUACUUGUCGGCGUCGCCUAUCCCUCCCGCGCCUCGCGACGACGACAGCAGCAGCAGAACUCGGCAACGCAAGAGUUAUUCGCUGGAUCUAUCAAUUACCGCCGUCGUAUGCAGGAAGCCAUCUUGGUAAGGGAGACAACCGAUGACGAAGACUUAACCUUCGAAACCGGAAGUGGCAUGGAGCUUACCGGAAUUUCCAACAGAGAAGACCUGCAAGCUGGAGUAGAGGAUGUCGUGGAAGUCAAAGUCGACUGCUGUGAUGUAGGCAGGAUAGCGGCGCGGAAUGGCAUGCACUGCCACGCCAAGAUCCACGCCGCCCUACUGGACCACACCAACCGCACACGUGACUACCAUCGUCGUGUUCGUCUGCCCGUCCAACAUCACCAACAGGUGUCGCUGCCGAUGCGAUCCUUCAACAUGUGCAUACAUAACCGCGGCUUGGAGUUCUAUAAAUGUUGUCAUGCUAGUAAGACCGACCCAAGGGGGAGAAGGACAAGCUAUAGACCGUCCAGGCCUAGAUAUCGCCCCCCAAGACGGUACCAGUAUGACAGACGACCGUAUUCGAGAGGUUAACAACUCUCGGCAAGGGACCUUUCAGCAUGAGAGAUCCAGCUAGGGGCAGAUUACUCUUCGUGCAUCGCCAACAACCUGACAGGCAUGGCCAGAUUUCUCACUCGAUCAGGGCGGGGAUGUCCUCCAUGUCCUCGCAAACGUGUUCUUCUGUCAGUGUUCCACAAUGAGUGCACUUCCGGAACAGAAGGACAAGAAUGUGCCGCCGUCUUUCCUUGGAGGAGUGACUUCUCCAGAUUAUUUGCUACAGACUCAGGGUGCGACCUCCAUUAAUUGACCCAAAUGUGCUUUGGAGGUGGACGCUUUCGUGUUCUUGUGUUACCAAAUGACAGGACAUGAACAAGGUGUUGAGUGUGUUCUGGAUGAUUGAGAACGGUUUUUACUGGUAUAGACCAUUUGCUCUGGGAGUGAGCUAACCCAGCCCAGGGCGGUACGCUCACAGUCCCACUGUUGCAUUCCUGCAAUGUUAUUAAUCUGUAAUACUACCAUUUCUGCAAAUCAGUUUUAGCGCUACGACAGACGUUCAUCUACCUAAACUCUUUCCUCUUUGUGAAAAAGGUCGAUGGGCCCUCUUGCACAAAGCAAUCUUAGACUGUUCUGUGUUGAAGUAUUGGUGAUAUGAUAGUUUUGGCACUAAGAUUGUUCGUGCAAGCGGGCCCAGCCUUAAUCAGCUUCUACCAUUCGGAACCUCCUCGUCACGGAUGAUGUUAGCGCUCUCCGAGUUUUGAGUUGUUUGAACAUUGGGUUGCCUAGUAGCGGGUACUACUGAUACUGACGAUGAGCUCUCGCUCUAAUCGAAGAAUACUAAUCUCUCCUCUUUCCCUUUCAGGUAAUGUUUCUAAGUAAAGACAGAUAAUAUAGGCAACGUAAAGCAACACAAAUCCUGGAGAAGAAACAUUUAUUUGUCAUCGUUACAAGUAACAAAAAACAUCCGAUUUGUCCAAUGCCAGAAGCUAAAUGUUCAAUUUUCUGCAGAUUCCGGAACAGAUGGUACUUUAAAAAACUCCUUGUCUCUAUAGGACAGGAUAGACACAAAUCGCUGGUAAUCAAUUCCUUAUGAAUAAAUUAUAUGCAUUUUCAUUACGAUGGCUUUCUGUAUGAGACCAAAUUUUCCCUUCCUCAAAGCCCGUACUGUAACGCUACAGACCCACAUGAAUGAAGAUCCACAAUCUAAAUCUCGCAUCUCUCUAGGGUUUCUUUAUCAGUUUAAAUGGAGUCAUUUGUUUUUAUCAAACUGAUGUAUUUUCAGAGGCGACGAAUUAAUCUUUGGCAGAUCGUCAACUGACUGGUUCUAAUGAUCAUUUCAACCUAAUGGGUUCUUUUUCAACGCGAAACAAGCUACUGGCUCUUAAAGGGUCUCUUCAAAUCCAAGAACACGUUUGAUUAUCUAUCUAUUCCAUCUUGAUUCAACUAUAUUUAAAACUGAACCGAGAUCGAUUGUUAAGAUGCUGAUUCGAAUAGCCCGAUACUAAAUAUAGCCGUCCAAUGAAAUUACCCCUACGAGCGAGAGACAUUCUGUGCUUAGAGAUGGGAGAGAAAUAAUUAGGUCCAAACGAAAUAGAAGGGAUAUUUAAAACCCUGAAAAUAGAGGAUGGGCCAAGGACGUGAUUUAACGUUGAUUUAUACCUCGCGUUUCCUUAAUUCUUUGUAACAUAAGUUUUGUCCUAUACUGUUUACUAGUACAUACAGGGGAAAAGCGUUUUAAUUUAUGACGAAACGUACAGGGUCCUUUGCUUGUGUCUUUUUUUACAAUGCUAAUCAAUGCAAAAUGACAAUUAUACUUUUCCCGGUGAUAUUCUUGUCUUUUUCUCUCCGACUGGAUCCCUUCGUCGCCCCUUGCAUCAUUCCGGGGCAAACUGAAUGGCCUGUGACGGAAAGGUGCGAGUGGUGACGAUGAGAUGUGUCGCUUCAUCACCAAGGAGCACGGGUCGUUCUAUACAGGUGAUAUGCAUGAGCGAAUGAGUGAGGCAGUGUGCUGAGGUCUCUGUGGCAUUCGUGACCACUCGCGCAAUUCCGGGAUAAACGCUGGUCACGGAAAGUUGCGAGUGGUGACGAACGGUGUCGGUGGGUACAGGGUGUAUAUGUAUGUUUGUGGGUUUACCGAUAGUCGUGUCAUUGACAAGGCAGCUUUAUUUGAGAAGUAUUCAUUUUUAUCAUGAUUGUUGCAUGUUUUACCUUUAAUGUGGCGUCUUUUGGUAUUUGAAUAAAGUAUAGCUUUUGACAUUAAGUGGGGACUUGUGCCCGUGAAAAUGGCAGCCCCAGCAAGAACUACUGUGUUUGUGUGCUUGCUCAAAUUGUAUGAUAUGUAUCGGUUGAAGAUUAGUCAGAAUAUACAAAAACACCGUCACAAUUUCACGGCACUAAAUUCAACUCUAUCACCGUGGCUGUAAAUGGAUACCAUUUAAAGGAAGCCAUCGACCGAUUCCCAAAGGCUGGCAGAUCUAAAUUGACACCUGAUCUAAAUACAUGCAAUUUCCUUUCUCCAUACAAAACCAGUGUGAUUUCUACCAGUAGAACCUAUGUAUAGAAAUACCCCGGAAAGCGAAACUAACACGAUAAUGUAACCAUCGGUUUGGGAAACCAUGCAAGCAGCAUUUGGAAUAAGAGCUCGAUGCCUACCUUUAAUAUUGUAUGACUUAUCAUUAACAUAAAGCGCUGCUAUCAAACUUAUCUUUUACACAUGUCUACAAUUUCCACGAUUUGUUAUUAUAUGUUAUUGUAAUUGAUAUUUUUACUUGACUAUUUUAUUUACACUGCUCAUUUUCACCCAGUGAAUAAUGCCACAAAGAUAACGUGCUGUCCACACAGCUUGCUUUCACAGUACAAUAUUUAAAUGUCAUAUCAUGGCAGAUUAACUAUAGUGAUAUGAACGUGUUCCUUAACUUCUUUUGAUGAGUAUAUGUAAUAAACAUGACGAUGUUACCAGAUUGUGACAGAAACAAAUUCUUCACUAGAUUGGAUGAAAUUGAAAAAACGGAAAUUGAGGACGAAUUAUUUUUCAUUUUGAUGCGUUUUCACAUUUCUGCUAUUUUUAACGUUAAUAAUGUAUUUAGCAGGUGAGUACUUUAAAACGCUUUACAUCGGUUGGGGCACACGAUUGUCAUCGUUCUGAUGAAUUGUAUUGAUUUUAUUAUGUUUAUAUAACUGACGAUGAUUUACUUUUUGUUUAACAAAGAACCUACUAAGAGACUGGCCCACACUUAGUGCUAGUAUACUGAUGGUUUUGUUUGAUCACGUUGUUUGAAUUCAGAAUGGGAAAAAUGAAUCCUCAACGGUGUGGUCGUAUUUCAAGUUGUUUCUUGUCAGUAAUCAGUGCUGCGACUUGUUUGACAUAUGUCAUUGUAUUUGAAAAAUGAAAUAAAAAUAAACUAGCUCUACUGGAA